AUGCCAGCCCGGGAUUUGCAAAAUUCUUCAUCUAGUUCGGUGGAUGGCGUAGAAAAUCGCACACCAAAAGCCCGGCGAGAUGACAAAGUCCUGUUUCUGAGACAACUGUUAGAGACGACGAACGAUGUUGACCAAAUCUGCGCCUUUAUCCAACUGGGGUGGACUGAGCACGGCUACUGUGCUGAGCUCUUUGCUAAGGUCAUGUGGGGCAUGCCCGAAGCGGCAAAGAAUACCUUGCUUAAAUCACUAACAGCACAGGGAGUGGACACCGUCUAG